UUGUAUGUAUGUACAUACGACGUGAGGUGUGUGACAAAAAUUACCAUACACAUUCUGUACACGAGUUCGGCUGGCAAGGUUGUGACUGUGAGAACCGAAAUGUACCGGUUUGGGAGGCUCAUUUUAACGUGAAAUUUACCUUCUUUGCACAUCAGGGUUGAGAAAGGGAAUUGAGAGUCUUGCGGACAGGAGACACGGCGACCGUCAUAUAGGAGGAUAGGUUUUACAUCUCAACACACUAAAGAGAAAUAAUAAUGGAAUUGCCACACAUUAAAAGUGUAGCUGAAACGCUGCAGUUUUUCGGAACGAAAGAAGCUCAGGGAUUGACACAAGCCCAAGUCAAAGUAGCCCAGGAAAAAUAUGGCCCCAAUGAGCUACCAGCAGAAGAAAGAAAACCUCUCUGGCAGCUUGUUUUAGAACAGUUUGAUGAUCUUUUGGUUAAAAUCUUACUUCUAGCAGCUGUAAUAUCAUUUAUAUUAGCCAUAUUUGAAGAGGAUGAGGAUGAGAAAGUUACAGCGUUUGUAGAACCCUUUGUCAUUCUUCUGAUUCUGAUAGCGAAUGCAAUAAUUGGAGUAUGGCAAGAGCGGAAUGCAGAGAGUGCCAUAGAAGCCUUGAAGGAAUACGAGCCAGAGAUUGCCAAGGUGAUUCGGCAAGACAAAUCAGGCGUACAGAGAAUACGAGCUCGCAAUCUGGUUCCCGGCGACAUCGUAGAAGUCUCAGUUGGUGACAAAGUACCAGCGGAUGUCCGUAUAACCACCAUCAAGUCAACCACACUACGUGUAGAUCAGGCUCUCCUCACAGGUGAGAGUGUGAGCGUGAUGAAGCACACCGAUGCCAUCCCAGACUCAAGGGCCGUCAACCAAGACAAGAAGAACCUCCUUUUCUCGGGUACGAACAUCGCUUCCGGCAAAUGUGUAGGCAUCGUCAUCGGCACUGGCCUGGAUACAGAGAUAGGAAAAAUCCGCACAGAGAUGGUUGAAACCGAAACAGAACGCACACCUCUUCAACAGAAAUUGGAUGAAUUCGGAGAACAGUUGUCCAAGGUCAUCUCCAUAAUCUGUGUGGCCGUGUGGGCCAUCAACAUCGGUCACUUCUCCGACCCCUCUCACGGCGGCUCCUGGGUGCGGGGCGCCAUCUACUACUUCAAGAUCGCCGUCGCUCUGGCCGUGGCUGCCAUCCCUGAAGGUCUCCCAACUGUCAUCACAACGUGUCUGGCUUUAGGAACUCGCCGUAUGGCCAAGAAGAACGCUAUCGUGAGAAGCCUGCCCUCUGUUGAAACGUUAGGUUGUACAUCAGUCAUCUGCUCCGAUAAGACCGGCACCCUCACCACCAACCAGAUGUCAGUCAGUAGAGUUUUUAUCAUGGACAAGAUACAGAAUGACAAAGCCAGCUUUCAUGAGUUUGAGGUUAGCGGAGUCACUUACGAACCAAAGGGUGACGUCCAUAUGAACGGUAGCAGAGCCAACCUGGCCAGCUUUGAAGCCCUCCAAGAGCUUGCAACCAUCUGUGCACUGUGUAAUGAGUCUAGCAUUGACUACAAUGAUACCAAGAACGUCUACGAGAAGGUCGGUGAGGCAACGGAGACCGCCCUCACAGUCCUCGUGGAGAAGAUGAACGUGUUCCAGACCGACCUGACUGGACUGAACAAGCAUCAGCUGUCCAACGCCUGCAACCUCGGCAUCUCCUCCCAGUACAAGAAGGAGUUCACUCUGGAGUUCAGCCGUGAUCGCAAGUCCAUGAGCUGCUACUGUACGCCCACCAAGAUUACCAGAUCGGCAGGCGGGAAUAAGAUGUUCGUCAAGGGAGCUCCUGAGAGUAUUUUGGAGAGGUGUACCCACAUUCGCACCGGUGGAAACAAGGUCCCCCUAACCCAAAUGGCCAAACAGCAAAUCAUUGAUAAGAUCGCCGAGUAUGGAACUGGUCGUGAUACGCUGAGAUGCCUUGGUCUUGCUACUGUCGAUAACCCCAUAAGAAAGGAAGACAUGGAUUUGGAAGUCGCCACUAAUUUCAUCAAAUACGAGACUAACAUGACGUUUGUGGGCUGCGUGGGCAUGCUGGACCCUCCCCGUAAGGAAGUGGUUGUGUCCAUCGAGGAAUGCAAGGCUGCUGGUAUCCGUGUCAUCGUGAUCACCGGUGACAAUAAGAACACUGCCGAGGCUAUCUGUCGCAGGAUCGGGGUCUUCAAGGAGGACGAGAGCACAGCUGGUUUGUCGUUUUCUGGGCGUGAGUUUGAUGACUUGACCCCUAGUCAGCAGAGUGACGCAGUCAGGAAGGCCAGGCUGUUCUCUAGAGUAGAGCCUGCCCACAAGAGUAAGAUCAUUGAGUACCUCCAGUCGCAUGGAGAGAUCUCCGCAAUGACCGGUGAUGGUGUGAAUGAUGCCCCAGCCCUGAAGAAAGCAGAGAUCGGUAUCGCCAUGGGCUCUGGUACAGCCGUGGCCAAGAGUGCCUCUGAGAUGGUAUUGGCUGAUGAUAACUUCUCUACCAUUGUGACCGCCGUGGAGGAGGGACGUGCCAUCUACAACAACAUGAAGCAGUUUAUCAGAUAUCUCAUCUCCUCAAACAUCGGUGAAGUCGUCAGCAUCUUCUUGACCGCCGCCCUGGGUAUGCCCGAAGCCCUGAUCCCCGUACAGCUCCUGUGGGUCAACCUGGUGACAGACGGACUCCCAGCCACCGCUCUCAGCUUCAACGCACCGGACAUUGAUAUCAUGGAGAAGAAACCACGUCGAGCCAACGAACCUCUCAUCAGUGGUCUGCUGUUCUUCAGAUAUAUGGCCAUUGGAGUCUAUGUUGGAGCUGCUACUGUAGGUGCUUCUGCCUGGUGGUUCAUGUUCCACAAGAAUGGUCCCAAUCUAUCUUUCUGGCAGCUGACGCAUCAUAUGCAGUGCCCUCUGGAGCCGGAGAAUUUCAAGGACUUGGACUGUGAAGUGUUUGACGAUCCUCACCACAUGACGAUGGCGCUGUCCGUCCUGGUCACCAUUGAGAUGCUGAACGCUUUGAACAGCUUGAGUGAGAACCAAUCCCUACUGGUGAUGCCACCAUGGUCCAACAUCUGGCUCAUUGGUGCCAUUAUUCUCUCAAUGGCUCUCCACUUUGUUAUCCUCUAUGUUGACAUCAUGUCGACCGUAUUCCAGAUUACACCCCUCGACUACACUGAGUGGAUGGCGGUGCUCAAGAUCUCGUUCCCUGUCAUCCUUUUGGAUGAGAUGCUGAAAUUCAUCGCUCGCCGCGCCAAUGACGUCUAGUUUUGUUCGAGUUGCAUGAGCCCCGGAACUCCGCAGUAAGAGUAAGACCAACUGAGUCUCUGUGGGACAUCAACGCGUCACGGCUCCAAGAGCCACCAUGGAUCCUCGUCGCCUUCGUAAAGCGUGCACCUCCACACCUCAGUUUAGAACCCUCAUACCGGAGGCUAUAGGGGAACCUCACUAGCGUCUUGUACCCAACGAGGGUGUCACAUGGAGCUGUCGAUGAGGGACAAGGAUGGUGCCUUUAAUUUAAGAGGAUGAUUUCUUUCUCCUCAGUUUAACCAUGAGGAUAUAAUUUUUAAAAAGUGUGUUUUGGGUGAAAACAAAAAAAACUAGGAUUAGUUUGUUUCUCUUUUUAUUGACAUUUUUUGUAUACUGUAUGAGACGAGUGUGUAUGUGAAACCGGUACAUUUUACAAAAUAUGUACACAAACAAAUUUACAACUAACAUUGACUUACAAUUUACUGAUUUCUUUAUUAAACUUUGGGUAGGUGCUAUGAAUUGUUCAUUUUGUAGGGCACACAUACUAAUAUUGCUUACGUUUACGAAGCCGCAUCAACUCUUCUGAUAUUUAAGAUUCAAUGCAAAUACCUCUUGUUGUCUUUUCCGGACGUAAUUUUUUUUCUGUAAUAAGUAUUUUUCCUCGAGUGUCUGUGAUUUUGUAGGUUUUACAUUAGGCUUUUUUUGAAAGAAUCUUCGUGUUCAUAUACUGUCACUGCGCGACCAUCUUUGAUUUAUGACAAGACUAAAUGAACUUGAAAACGGGGCAACGUUGACCUGUCUAGGCUGGUACCUGAAGAUAGGUGUGACAGUUAAGUCAGGUUACCAGACUUUAUUAAGGUCAAUUUGUGAACUUGAAAACGAACCAAUAUUGACCUGUCUAGGCUGGUACCUGAAGACAGGUGUGGCAGUUUAGUCAGGAUACCAUAAUUUCGGUCAUUUUGAAAAUCAAAGCAAGCCCAAAAAUUGCCGAGAUUUACAGCAACCAUUUUACCCGCACAAAAAAGGUCUUGCUUUAUUCCCCCGAUUCGAGAGUUCUAACAAUUAAUUUAUUAUGAAUAUGCUCAAUUUAAUAAUUCCAAGAAACAGUUGAGAGGAUGUUCCUCUUCAGUAAAGGUGUUCAUUUUAACAAUUUCAAUAUGGCUGAAAAAUAGAGCAACAUUUUCAGUGACGUUUCACCACAUACAUUAGUGGCGUCAUAAGAUUUUCUGUGAUUUAUGUGAUAACACCUUAAUGUCUCCCGCAGGUUCACAAAUUAUCUUACACGCACAAAAUAUUUAUACCGCAAAUUCCAUUCAUUUUUCAUUUACAAUGUGUGUACGAAACGAACACAUACUUUUCAACACGGUUGAUACAAAGUUCAACAAUUUUUUCUUUUUCUUCAAUUGAUAUUGAUUUUUUUUUUUUUUCGCAACGGAGCUUUACGAAUAUUCACUGCAGAUAACCGUCAUGCAACUUCUUUCAAUUCUCUCAAGUUCAAGCGAAAUGUGGCCCAUAAAACGAGCAUACCAAAAAAACAUUUAUAAUAACAGACUAUUUUUGUCAUCAUAUGAACUUAUUUUUACGGAUGAUAUUCUGAUAACCGAAAGUAAUCAAUUUGAUGAAUAUUGUGACGAUAGUUGGUGUAAUGUCUUACAUUAUAUCACAUCCUUAAAUAGUAAUGCUAUAAUAAGCACAUCCUUUAAAAUAUAUUUGAUAUACAGUGCACAUUUGUAAUAUUACUGGUUAUGUAUAUAUCAUGUACAUUACUCCUAAACUUUAGUAGAUUGGCGGAAGGUGAUAAACUAUAGAUCUAUUCAAAAACAAAAUUUCCAGCACAAAUACCUUGGUGUUAAAGUAACACUUCCGGAUUUUAGAUGAUUAUUAUGAUUAUCAUUAUUGUUCAUGGUUUGUUUAAAAACAUUCGAUUUGAUUGCGUCGGGCAAAAUUACUUUGAAUUUACAGAAAUUUACAGUUAAAACAUCAAAAUGAUUAGGUUCAUUUAAUGUAAAAACUGCAUUUACAUAAAUGAGUGCGGUCUAAACAACCCUAGAUUUUGUUUUGUUUGAGUAUCAUUUUGUUAUUUAUAAUAUUAAAUGUAGUUCAUUUUCUUGUUGCUUACUUUUAGGAUAAAUUUGUUCCUUUUUUUUUUUUAAAGCUCUAUUUUAAAAACAGUCUAAUCUGGUUCAAUCUAAAGGGUCAGUUUAAAGAUCGUAGUUGCUGUGAUCCAAUCUAACCCAAAUAAACCCUAAUGAUUAAUUUAUGAUUUCCAAAUAUUGAAAUUUGACCUCCAAGACUUAAAGUUAAAGGCAAACACAAUGUAAAUUUAUAAGCAACUCAACACAAGAAUCAACGUUAACAAAGUUAUUUUUUACCCAUUCAAUUUCCCAUGUAGUGUAUUACUUUAAUUUUAUUUGUCUACAUUUUGUUUUGAAAACGCUCAUACACGUCUUCUGAGGUACGGCGAAGAUCUCCGACCUUUUGAUCCCCAACUAUCCUAACGCCGGCAAGUAAUACUAAUUUCAAAAGAUUGACAACAUUUUCCCUCAACCGGAUUCACCAAUCACAACGAUGUUCAAGUUGUGACUAAUUGUUACUUGAUUGUCAAAUUAUAUUCAGUUAUCUUCACUUAUCUGUUAGUUUAUAACAAUAACCAGGUUUAAAGUAACAGUAACCUGGGUUAAACCCAUGUUCACCGUAAUAAUAAAUCUUUGAAUUAUUAAGUUAUCAUAAUGUUUUGUUUCACUUAUUUAUGUAAGAUGUUUGAUAUAAUUUUCAGUAUCAUUUUAUUGAUUUGUUUGUAAAGUGGAUUUAUACAUAAUUUAAUAAUAAUGUUGUACAUAAUAUCACGACCUAGUUCAUUGCGUUGAUUCAGACCAAAAGGAAAGUACAAAUAUUUAUUUUCCCGAAUCAAAACAACAAAUUACGCCCAAUCGUAAAACAAAAUAUUCUAUUAGCUCCCCUCCAAGAAAAUAGAUACAGUUAAAACAGUUCGAUGAAUAGCUAAAUGCAGACAUAAAUUUGCACAAGCAUUGAUAAAGUGCUCAAAAAUUAUAACACCUGGUCUUUGUUGGUCAUUUUCUUUAAUUCCAUAGCAACGGUUUUUCAAUGCCGUUUUCUGAUCUGCUGAUGAGUAACAGACAUUUAUUUUACAUUUUUUAGGUAUGCGCAAUGAGUGAUUAGUGACAAAUUAUUUAUACAAAAAUGUUUGAAGAAUGCUUUUUGUGGCUUAGGUUUUUUCUUAGAAUUUCCUAGUUAAGAUAAUCAGGGAUGUUUAGUAGAUUUUGUACAGUAUAAUAUUGAAUAUUAGAUAUCACAAUAUUUCAUUGGUUAUUUACGAACCCUGGCAGGUUAGGCCGCCAUUUUGCCGCAAAGAACGCUUGAAAAUGAGGAUUUAAAAUGGCUGGUGUUAUUAACCCGAGCACAUGGGAGAAUGAGAAUGUGGCCGCCGUAUGGCUGUGGCUAUUGCAGUUUGUUCUGCAAUGCUAUACUAAGGGAUGGCGUAUUGAUCUGGCCAUAGCCACAGCAUCAGUCUGAGCCGUUAAUUCCUGCUGGCAAUCAGUAUUUUCGCGAAUACCCAUCGUGAACUCUGGGCGUUGUACUCAUUGCACGUGCACGUGAUAAACGCCCCAACUGCGUGUCCUCGGGGUCAAGGUUGAAUCUUUUUGUGCAAAAAAAAAAACCCAAAGUUGUUUAUUAAGUUGUAGAGCAUACGAUUCCUUUGCUUGGAGAAUCUUAGAUUUGUUAGGAAAGUGUGGCUAUGUGCGCAGGUGAAGUUUGCCAUUUAAUAUUUGCUUAAUCAACAUUGGACCAAUUUCAAUGGCUUUUGAAGAUUGUUUGCUAAGAAGAAAAAAAAAAAAAACCAAAAGGACACCAGUGGCAGCAAUUUUAGGCCUACAUGUAAUUCUGAUUGGUAACCUUUUUUCUGCUAUGCAGUAUUUUUCCGCGCUAAGCAACAGUUUUCAGCUUACUGGUGUUAUGAAAUGGGGCCCUGCUGUUAAAGGUACGUUGGUAAACAAUAUUGGUUACCAGUCAAAUAUCAUCUGACACGUGUGUUUUUUUUUUUUUUGCCUGGCGGUGUGCUGGGGUCAUAGCUGUUCUGGAGCCGAUUUCACCUCUAUUUUCGUCCGCCAUGAUUUUACAAAGAGCUAAGAUAAUUGAUCUCUACUGCAAUCGAUCGCAGUUGCUAAGUAAAGUGUGAUGUUACACUAUAUCUCUCUAUAUUAUAGUAAUACUGAACAUGUGUCAUGCGAUGAAUGUUGUUGCUUUGUUAAAUCGGCCCCUGGCAUGGUCCGCGCAAUGUGCCGCAACUGCAACAGCCGUCGGUUAGUAUCGCCGGAACGCAACCUCUGUUUCAUGUAGUAUUCCAGUAAGCCUAUCUGGUCGACAGCUAAAAGCAAGUUCGAGUGAGGCACUAUAGUCGACCGUUGGUUGAUUUUGCCUGGUACCCAGGAUGUAUUGCAUAGGUAACCAUGCAAAAUUAACCAACGACUGUUGUGCUUCACUCCAACUUGCUCUAAAUGGCCAUUUUCGAAUCCACGGCUUCGGCUCAGGAUCCGGCUCAGGCUAGCUUGGCCCCGCGGUUGUUUUGACAGCAAUGCGCGUGCUUUGCGUACUCGCUCAGAGAUUCAGACGAGAGGACGAGCCAAUUACUCAUGAGCCAAUAUUGCGAAUUUAAUGGGCAUUAUUCCAUAACGGCCCAGCCGAAAGACAAUACACGCUAAGGCCGUUUAUUUCUGCUUUUAGCGCAAUGAAUAAAGUCACGGUGUUUUGUAUUUUGUUUUGGUCGUUACCAUCUUUGAAAACCAACUGUUAGAGUGGCUUGUUGCAACGGCGUGUUUUGACUUGAGUUUAUUAAGAUGGUUCAGUUGAUGUUGUGAGUUGAUAACAAUUAAAUAAAGGGUUUAAAUUUCUACGGAAUCUUG